CAAAAACCUCCUCCAGUUCCUAAACACCAGUUUCCAUAAUACUCUUCUUCUUUUUUAUCAUUUCCCAGUUUGUAAGCUGAUAAUGGGUGUGUUCACUUAUGAAACGGAGUUCACCUCAGUCAUCCCCCCACCGAGAUUGUUCAAGGCUUUUAUCCUUGAUGCUGACAAUCUCAUCCCAAAGAUUGCUCCGCAAGCAGUGAAGUGUGCUGAAAUCGUUGAAGGAGAUGGAGGUGUAGGCACCAUCAAGAAGAUCACCUUCGGUGAAGGCAGCCAGUUCGGCUCAGUGACCCACAAGAUCGAUGGGAUUGACAAAGAGAACUUUGUGUACAGCUACAGUUUGGUCGAAGGAGAUGCCUUGUCCGACAAGAUUGAGAAGAUCUCUUACGAGACCAAGUUGGUGGCAUCUUCCGAUGGAGGCUCCGUCAUCAAGAGCACUAGCAACUACCAUACCAAAGGUGACGUGGAGAUCAAGGAAGAGCAUGUUAAGGCCGGAAAAGAGAAGGCAUCCCACCUCUUCAAGCUUGUUGAAGACUACCUCUUGGCCAAUCCUAAUGAAUACUGUUAAACUUCUUGCCAGUUUGUCGUCCAUUUCGAAUCAGCUGAUUUUCCAGUUGGAUUGUUGAACCCUUGGAUGUUGUAAUACUUUGAAUUAAAUAAAAAGCUAAAAUAGCACUUUGC